GUAACAUUAUGGAUUUUGCCGGCCAUUGAGUUUGGACUAGCUGGUGGAGCGAUCGGCUCUACCUAUAGCUACUCGCUAGCUACCGUCCUCACUUGCCUACAUGGACCUGCCACCCUCCUCCUCUAACCCUCUCACUCUCAAACACACGCGCAUAAAUAAACGCAGCAAACACUCAAUUAAGUCUCGAUCCGUUUCCUUCCUGGCGUCUUUGUUCUUGGUUGAUUUAGAAGAAUUGAACACAUGAACAGACUGAGGAAUGUGCUGCUGCGCAGGUGCAAGAGCUUGUCGCGCUCCGGGAGCCGCCAUAGCCGGCCGUCGGCGUCGUCGAGCUCCUCCUACAGCAACCUCCGCUCCAUGUCCGCCAGGGACGACGUCAUUGCCGCCGCCGAGGAGGCGGCGGCGGCGUCGUCGUCUAACGUUGGAGAUGGUGCCGACGACGCGGUGGUGGUGUUCGUGGGAAGCUCGCGGCGGCGGUACGUCAUCAGCGCCCGGCAGCUCGGGCACCCGCUGAUCGCCGCGCUCAUCGACGGCGGUGGCGGCGGCGGGGUGGUGGCGGUGAGGUGCGAGGUGGUUAUGUUCGAUCAUCUGCUGUGGAUGCUGGACAACGCCGCCGGCGCCGAAGACGACGAAGAUGCCGUCAGGGAGCUGGCCCAGCUCUACGCGUGCUAGCUAGCUAGCUAAGCAACAUUGGAGUAUAUGCCAAGAAUUAAUGCAUGGUAUCGAUGCAUGCAUGAUCGAUCUAGGUCAUUAAUCCUCUCGAUAGUCAUCGACUUUUGGUUGAUAUAUGGAGUACUCAUCCGUUUCAUAAUUCUUGUCGAAAUAUUACAUGUAUCUAAACAUUUUUUAGAAAUAAAUACAUUCAUUUUUAGACAAAUUUGAGAUAAGAAUUAUGAAACAGAACGAGCAUUAUUUUCCCUUCUUUCCCAGAAUCUAAAACUCUUGGGCAGACAGAA